GCCCACAAGAAAGAUGGCUGCCAAGAGCGAGCUUCUUCUCCCCUAUCCAAAAUGGCCGCUGGCUAUAGCUGUCGCCCGCCUAACCCUGCCCGAGCACAAAAUGGCCGCCGCGAUAACCUUGGCGGGGAGGUGGGGAGUCACCCACAUUUCCGGCGAGCGAGGGGUCGCUUCCUGCCGCUUGGGGUUGGAAGGUAGAGGUUGGCAGACUGAAGUGGCGGUUGGUCUGUCCCGUCGUCCCUUGCCGCCCCGAGGUGAGAGCCGAGGUAGAUGCCAGUUUGCAAUGGGUCUUAAAACCAUCUGGAAGGACUACAAAGUUCUGAUUGUUAUGGGAACUAGCCUUGGGCUGGUGCACUGGGGGUGGUUUUACAUCAAGUCCAGUCCUAUUUUCCAAGUGAAGACAGAGGACUUUGUUCCAGAACCUGGGAUUGUGGCAUAUGUGAUGCAAAGCGAUCACAAAAAUAAAGAAAAAUAGCAUUGGUGCUGUGUAUUGUGGGUAUAAUUAGCUUUGAAGCUUUUCAUUUGUGAGUGUUGCAGGAAGAAGAGAUGAGGAAAGCCAGCUGGAGUAGAAAGAACUUUUUGCUUGUCGCAGGACUGUUACUUACAGGUGUCCAUUUUGGAAGCAUGCUCGUAAA